CGAGUGACGUCAUAGAACGGCAGCAGUGAGUGACAGCUCCAGAUAUCCUUGCUCCCAGCCCACCCUCUGACAGCUAUAAAGAUCCCUCCGCGCUCUCCCUCCGCACUUACUGACUCAUCGACUCACUGACUGAGUAGAGGGAAGAAGACGGAGCUGCGCAGGUCCUUGUGUCCUUUUUAGCCGGGGGAUGUUGUGGAUGGGGGACCCCACUGUAUGAAGGACAAACUGUCAGUGACAGAGCUGCAUGAUUGCACUUGGGCAGUUACCAUAGCAACCGCAGAACAACAUGGCAACUGUGAAGGAUAAACUCAUCCACAAUGUGGUCAAGGAGGAGUCGCUCCCCCAGAACAAGGUCACCAUUGUGGGUGUGGGGGCCGUGGGCAUGGCCUGUGCCAUCAGUGUCCUGCAGAAGGAUUUGGCAGAUGAGCUUGCACUUGUUGAUGUGAUAGAAGACAAACUGAAGGGGGAAAUGAUGGAUCUCCAGCAUGGCAGUCUGUUCCUUCGUACCCCCAAGAUUGUCUCAGGGAAAGAUUACAGCGUCACUGCAAACUCCAAGCUGGUAGUUGUGACGGCCGGGGCCCGUCAGCAGGAGGGAGAGAGUCGCCUGAAUCUGGUUCAGCGCAAUGUCAACAUCUUCAAAUUCAUCAUUCCCAACAUUGUCAAGUACAGCCCCAACUGCACCCUGCUCAUCGUCUCCAACCCAGUGGACAUUCUGACAUAUGUGGCCUGGAAGAUCAGUGGAUUCCCCAAAAACCGUGUCAUUGGCAGCGGCUGCAAUUUGGACUCUGCCCGUUUCCGUUACCUCAUGGGGCAGAAGUUUGGGAUCCACACCCAGAGCUGCCACGGUUGGGUCAUUGGGGAACACGGAGACUCGAGUGUGCCAGUGUGGAGUGGGGUGAAUGUGGCUGGCGUGUCCCUGAAAACCCUGCACCCCGAUAUUGGGAGUGACGCAGACAAGGAGAACUGGAAGGAGGUGCACAAGCAGGUUGUGGACAGCGCCUAUGAAGUGAUCAAGCUGAAGGGCUACACCUCCUGGGCUAUUGGCCUGUCCGUAGCUGACCUGUCUGAGAGUAUCCUGAAGAACCUCCGCCGAGUCCAUCCCAUUUCCACAAUGGUCAAGGGCAUGUACGGCGUGAAUAAUGAUGUUUUCCUCAGUGUCCCCUGUGUGUUGGGCAACUUGGGCAUCACAGACGUGGUUAACAUGACGCUGAAGGCAGAUGAAGAGGAUCGCUUACGCAAGAGCGCAGACACCCUGUGGGCCAUCCAGAAGGAGCUGCAGUUCUAGUCUGACCCAUCUGUCUGUGUUGCACUGAGGAUUAGGUCAAUGUGUGUAGUGUCAGUGUCUUUUCCCACCCGGAAGCAGAUCCCUCCUACCCUUGAGCGGGGGUGGAACAAACUCCUCGGGCUGAUUGGGUAAUGUCCCCUCUUCCAUUGGACCAGACCAACAGUGGAACUAACCGGGGGGGGGGGGGUUCCCGGGAGGAAACCCAUUUAGAAUGCACUUUCCUGAAUGUCUCAGAUUCCACCAUUCACCCAAAGAGAAAACUAUUGAGUAAUAUAUAAUGCUAUUGUGUCUGUGACCCCUGCCCUUGUAUGUGUUCCCGCCCCCCGUGUCACUUCCUGUAUUCCUUCUUGUUCCUAUCUGACAAUAAAUAACGGACCUGCGCCGGUCCCAACUGAA